AUGUCACAACAAGGUGGAGGUGGUUCUACUUCAUCACAACCAUCAUCUAUAUUAUUCUUUAUAGCUGUGGCAAUAGGGGUUGUUAUAGCUUUUGUCUUUAUUUUUUUUUCAAUGAGAUAUUAUGUUCGAACAAGAUUAGGUAUUUAUGCAACAGCAAGAUUAACAACAACUUCAAAUAAUGGAGGGAUAGUAUUACUCACAGGUGAUUUCCCCAUGCAUACUUUUAAUGCUUAUUCCCAAGAUUUACCAAAUCAAUUAAGAAGAAAUAGAAGAAGAAGACGUUAUUUGAAAAAAAGAAGAUUAACUGAUGAAGAAGUUGAUCAUUUAUUCCCUGUAAGGACUUAUCAAAAUUGGUUAGAUGGUGGUGCUGAAAGAGAUGCGGAUCAACGUGAUAUUCAUAAAGAGUUGAAACAAGAAGAUGAUGAUGAAGUUAAUGAAAGUAAUAAUGAUAAUGGUAGUCAAGAUGAUAUUAAUAAUACCCAGACCCAAUCCCAAACUGAAACUGAAACUCAACAGAAGAAUAAUAUAACUACUCAACAAUCAGAUGUUGAAUCUACAUAUCAUGAUGCUAUCCAAGAUCAACCACAACAACAACUUGAACCACAACAAUCAAAACAUUCAGAUCAAGAUCAAAUCGAUUUAGGUACACCAUAUGAACCACAUUAUGAUUCUGGUACAUGUGCAAUUUGUAUUGAUAUUUUCGAACCAGAAGAUUUAGUCCGUGGAUUAAUUUGUGGUCAUGUUUUCCAUCAAGAAUGUUUAGAUCCAUGGUUAACUAAAAGAAAAGCAUGUUGUCCAAUGUGUAAACGUGAUUAUUAUUUAAAAAAUGAAAAUCAAGAUGGUGAUGAAAAUGGUGAAACUAAUGAUGAUCGUGUUACAGAUGUUGGUGGAAUCGCAGGUGGUGCAAAUAAUGAAGACUUGGAUUCAAUCAAUCAAUUUACAGAAUUACAAUAUACAACAUUAAAUGAACGAGUUCAAGAAAUUUUAUCAAGACAUCCAAACCUAGAACAAAUUGCCAAAGAUAAAAUUCAACGUUAUUUAAAAUUUAAAUGGAGAAUUUUUUGGAUUAUUAUGGGGAUUUCAAGAAAUGAUUUAAUUAAUAGUGCUAUUGUUAAUGAAGAUCAACGAUUAAGAGAUGAAGAUCCUAAUUAUGAUAAUGAUCAACAACCUACAACUAAUACAACUGAAGUUGAUGAAGGUGAAAAUCAAAAUCAACAACAGAAUCAACAAAAUUCAGAUAAUAGAGAAAGAGUUGAAAGAAUGGUUUGA